CAGCCGUGCUCCAGCAACUGGGGAAGGAGGGAAAGGAGAGGACCGGAGGCAGCGCUGCCCUCGCUCGCACGGAGCUUUGCGAGUGGGGCCGCCAGGCACCUGUGGCGAAGGGGCCCGAGGAGCCCCAGCUGCGAGAUGCUCCACGCCCUGGGCAGCUGGAGGAGCAACUGUGCGUGCUCUGCGGAGGGCCGCCGAAUCAUGUCGAUGAGCCCAAAGCAUACGACUCCUUUCUCAGUGUCUGACAUCUUGAGUCCUUUGGAGGAAAGCUACAAGAAAGUGGGCAUGGAGGCCAGUAACUUGGGGGCUCCCCUGUCAGCCUACAGACAGUCUCAGGUUUCUCAGCCGGCCAUGCAGCAGCACCCCAUGGGCCACAACGGAACAGUGACUGCCGCCUACCAUAUGACAGCGGCAGGGGUCCCCCAGCUCUCCCAUGCUACGAUGGGGGGCUAUUGCAAUGGGAACCUGGGCAACAUGAGCGAGCUGCCGCCUUACCAGGACACCAUGAGGAACAGCGCUUCGGCGACAGGAUGGUACGGCACCAACCCGGAUCCCCGCUUUUCCUCAAUCUCCCGCUUCAUGGCGCCGUCCUCGGGCAUGAACAUGGGAGGCAUGGGCAGCCUCGGCUCCCUGGGAGACGUGAGCAAGAGCAUGGCCCCGCUCCAGAGCACGCCGCGGAGGAAACGGAGGGUCCUUUUUUCGCAGGCCCAGGUUUACGAGCUGGAGAGACGUUUCAAGCAACAAAAAUACCUCUCCGCCCCGGAGAGGGAACAUUUAGCCAGCAUGAUACAUCUCACCCCGACUCAGGUCAAAAUCUGGUUCCAGAAUCACCGCUACAAGAUGAAACGCCAGGCCAAAGACAAGGCUGCGCAGCAGCAGAUGCAACAGGAGAACGGCUCCUGCCAGCAGCAGCAGUCUCCCAGAAGGGUGGCAGUGCCAGUGCUUGUGAAGGAUGGCAAGCCCUGCCAAGCAGGCUCCAACACACCCACAGCAGCUAUCCAGAGCCAUCAGCAGCAGGCAGCUACAACGAUCACGGUGGCUACCAAUGGCAACAGCCUCGGACAGCAUCAGAGCCACCAGACAAACAGUGCGGGGCAGUCUCCAGACAUGGGACAGCACUCGGCCAGCCCUUCCUCUCUGCAGAGCCAAGUCUCCAGUUUGUCUCACCUAAACUCUUCUACUUCUGACUAUGGCACUGCCAUGUCUUGCUCCACCUUGCUAUACGGUAGGACCUGGUAAAAGGAUUAAACAAAGAAAAAGGGAAAAAAAAAAAAGGCAAAAAGAAAAAAGAAAAAAAAAUCCAACAAAUUUUCCCAGUUACACAAAUCUCUGUCCUCUCCAAACUACUGUGUGCUUUUUUCUUCUUCUUUUUUUUUUUUUUGUUUUCUUUUUUUUUUUUUUUUUUUUUUUUUUUUUUUUUCUUAUUAAUGCUCUUCUCCCUUUCCCCCGUUUCACUGAGUGGUCUCUGUGGACCUCUAAGAGAGAGAGACACUUUUUUUGUUCCAUUUUAUUGUUACUGUUGAUGGUUUUGGGUCUUUAUGUUUUUUCUCCCCCAAAGUUGUCCUAUGGGGUGUAUAAAAAUAUUCAGACUAAUAACCAUGGAGCAGUCUGCAGAAACGGGACCAUCUUUAGGCAUGGUCUGAAGACUUGGAUAUCAGAUGUACACUUUGCCAGCGCCUAGGACUUGCAUGUAAAUACAGAGAUUUUGGGGGAUGGGGUGGUUUUCCCCCCCAAAAAACGCAUUCGCGUCACCCAGACACAAGAAGCAGCUUCCCCCUCCCCGGUCUCUCCCAGCCCGCCGCCAGGGCCAGCGGAUGGAGACGUGGAGUCAUCAAAGGCUUGGCUUUUAUUUUCCUCCUUACGUUUGAUGUGAACCUGUAGCUGUAUAAUGCUGUCAAAAGUUGGACUAAACCCAUAGUUUUUAGUAGCCUGUAUAUUUUGUUGUAAAAAGAAAAGGAAAAAAAUACAAUCAACCAAACCAACCCCCACCUUUUUUAUGGACAAUGAUCACCCCGUCGUAAAUCCUCCGGCAGUUUGUUAUUUGCGCACGCCGCCUUUUCCUGUUGUAACUUAUGUAGAUAUUUGGCUUAAAUAUAGUUCCUAAGAAGCUUCUAAUAAAUUAUACACAUUACGAA